UCGGUCAGAAGAGCUCCAUCACCGAUUCGGUUACUGCGUCAUAGCAUCGACGGCGACAACAAGACAAGCACUCACCAACACAAAACGUCAACAUACAACAGAAAAACCCUCGCUCAGGCACGUUCAAGAUGAGCGAUAAAAGGACAGGCAUCACCGUUUUCUCUGGAGGCACCGCGGCGAACAGUCUUGUUGAUGUGUUCAACGGGAUCAUUGAAAAGAAGAAUUGUCAACUCAACUACAUCAUCCCAAUCAGUGACAAUGGUGGAAGUUCGUCCGAGUUGAUUAGAUUCAUUGGAGGGCCAAGUGUUGGUGAUAUUAGGAGCCGUCUCGUCCGCCUGAUCCCAAACCCCUCCAAUAACCAAGAAAAAGCCGCCCUCAAAGCGCUCUUCGAGUACCGUCUCCCCGGUGAUCCAUCAAAAGCCCGCAUAGAAUGGCUCGACAUCGUCGAAGCCCGCCACCUCCUCUGGGCCUACAUCUCUUCUCCCAAACGAGAACUCAUCCGGUCCAUCCUCAACACCUUGAACCUCGAGAUCGUCAAGCGAACCCGGCCAACGUCCACCUUCAACUUCGCCGAAGCCUCCAUCGGCAACAUGUUCCUGACCGGCGCCCGCAUCUUCUCCGGCUCCUUUGAGUCCGCCAUUUACCUCCUCUCCAUGAUCUGCUCCAUCCCGCCCAACGUCAGCGUCCUCCCCGCCAUCAACUCCAACUUCACCCACCACAUCUCCGCCGGCCUCGAAGACGGCACGACCAUCGCGGGGCAGGUAGCCAUCAGCCACCCGAGCGCACCCACCGCUUUACCAGACGACGUCAAGAUCUCGCUGGCUACACCCUCCUUCCCUCCCUUGUUGCACGGGGGACACGGCCACGGCGCUCCUCCCUCCUCGGCAAACCUUCAUCCCGCCGCCAUGGCCAUGGCUAUGCAUGACGGCGGCAUCAUCAAGCUUCCUCCUCAGCAUUUGACCGUCCCAUCUACUGCUGGAUCCUCCACCGCCGCCUCCGUAACCACGUCGUCCUUCUCAGCAACCACCACCCCAACCAAACCCACGUUCCCCUCUCUCCCAUCUCGCCCCGGCGCAAGAGCCCGCUCCCAAACCGAAACCGAAGACGCCUCCCUCCCUGGCUCUCUCCCCUCUCUUCGCACGCAAAACAUAUCUUUUAGCAAAUCCGAUUCGGACGAAGCCGACCAGUUGAGUGCACGGAUAGAAAGGGUGUGGUACAUCAACCCGUACGGGCACGAGAUCUGGCCGAACGCGAAUCCCAAGGUGAUUGAUGCGUUGGCGGGGACAACCAUGGUGGUGUACAGCAUUGGGAGCUUGUGGACGAGUAUUGUGCCUAGUCUGGUGUUGAGGGGGGUGGGGGAGGCUUUGGCAGGUGAGGACGAGGAGGAGGAUUUCGAUAACAAGGAGGGGGAGCAAGGGCAAGGGCAAGGGGAGAUGACGAUAGACAGGACGACAACAACAAAAAAGGUAUUGGUGCUAAAUGCGACGAUUGAUCGGGAGACAGGGCCAAAGAGUAAACCGAUGACGGCGACGGAUUUUGUCAGAGCGGUGGCCGAGGCUGGGGAACAAUCGCGGAGGAGUGAUCCGAGUUAUCAACCUCGUCCUCAUGCUCAUCCUCAUGGGAAGGAUGACAACAAGGAUUCUGCCGCGGGCUCGAAUAAUAACGAUCAACAAGCACAAGGGAGACUGCUAAGAAAAUACGUCACGCACCUGAUCUAUCUGGACGGACAAGAGGUAGGUGGACAGCUGGCGAGGACGGGAACAGCGCCACAGGUGGACGUGAAGGAGUUGGAAGGGUUGGGGAUCAAGUGUGUUAGGGUGGAGGGGAGAGUCCAGGAGGAUGGGAAGGAGGUUAGGUAUGAUGAGGGGGGGUUGGGGGAGGCUUUGGAGGGGAUUCUUGAUGAGUGAGUAGUCUCUAGUGAGAGAGAAAAUAUUCUGAAGAACGGGUGGUAGUGGUUGUAAAUGGUGAGUUGGGUAGUAAGUAAUGAUAAUAUUUUUCUUGCCCUCCAGUGAUGUUGGUGAGGCCUCGGAUGUUGAGGUUUGGUGGUUCCGUUCGGGGGUAAACUAGGAAGAAUGUGUGGAUGACGUGUUUUUUUUCCUUUUCUUUUUUUUUUUUUUUUUUUGGGCAGG